AUGUAGUGCUCUUCUUAAGAGAAGGAAGACCUAUCUGACAUAUUGGCUUAAGUUAAGAAGUGGACAUGUAAAUCUUUGGGGUCAUAUUAGAAAUAUUAAUAAAGGAAAAAGUGAAAGGUUGCAUUGGAUAUUUUUCUGAUAAUGGAAAUCAAAAAUAUUUAGAUUCAUACGACAAGUAAAGAAAAUACCUCAAAUAAAUCACAGAAGUCUUAAGAAAAUUAAAAGAUCAUGAUUUCAAUAACUAAGACUUUUUCUCUGAAGUAAAUGAUGAAUCGAAAUUAAGUCUAAUUUAAAGUAAACCGAUCAUCGAAUUUCUGUACUUUUUAGUUCAACUUACAUCUAUUGAUAACACUCUAAUUUAAUGCGGGUCUAAUUCAUUAUAUAUAUUAGUUUACAUGAAGGUGGACCUUAGAAAUCAAUGUUUUGAAAAUAUCAGGAUCAAGAAUACUUCUAUAAUUAGAGGUAAUUUUGUCAGAUGUAAUUUCAAUGGAUCUGAAUUUGAUAAUCUAGAUAUUAGUAUACUUAAUUUAAAUAGUGCUUAGAUGUUUGAUUGUAAAUUGAAGAACAUUGAAAUCCAUGAAUUGAAUAAAUUGGAAGGUCAUAGUGGGCGUGUGAAUACAGUCUGUUUCUCUCUUGAAGGAAAUAUAUUAGCUUCUGGUAGUGAAGAUAACUCUAUCCGUCUAUGGGAUAUUAAAACAAAAUAAUAAAAAGCAAAAUUAGAUGGUCAUACUAAUGGAAUCAUGUCAGUCUGUUUCUCUUCAGACGGAAAUACAUUAGCAUCUGGUAGUUUUGAUAACACUAUCCGUCUAUGGGAUGUUAAAACAUGA